UGGCUUUAAAAACAGAAACAUGAAUUCUAAAAUGAAGCAGCAGUCAAAUACUGAAAAACAUCCCACGGUGAAGCAGGUUUCAACAAGUAAUACAAACUGCACAUCACAGAGACAGACCCUUAAGAUGAUACAGCCAUCCAUUACAGGUUGUCUUGUGGGCAGGGCAAAUGAGCAGGCUAAGUCUUCAGUCAAGAAGAAAUUUUGGAGUGAUCAGCUUAUCUCAAAAGCAUCCAAACCUGAGGCUGCUGAUAAAAUGGAACACAGAAACAUAAGAGGAACGAUCCAGCCUUCUGAUCUUACAGCAAAAGGAAAUCCUUCAUACCAGUAUUGGAAGGAACUGGCUGAAGAGAGGAGGAAAGCCCUGUAUGAGGUGUUACAAGAAAAUGAAAAGUUGCAUCAAGAAAUCGAAUUAAAAGAUAGUGAAAUUGCUCGUCUAAAAGAAGAAAAUGAAGAACUGGCAGAACUAGCUGGCCAUGUACAUUAUAUGGCAGAUAUGAUAGAGCAAAUAACUGGACAAGCACCAGAAAGCCUAGACAUUUUGAAAAAAUUAGAACUGGAAGAAAUUGCAUAUGAAGAAAACGAUUCUGCUGAGGAGGAUUUAGAUGGUGAAUCUGAAGAGGAAUAUUCAAAGUUCUCUGUUAGUUCUACAGAGAAUGUUGCAGAUGUGCUUAUAAAUUGAGAAAGUAACCUCUGAAAGUAUUGGGUUUCUAAAGGAGGGGGGGCAGGGGAAUCAGGAAACCUUCUGAAAACUACAAAUUUAUCUAAGAUUUGGAGGAUGGGAUUGCACUACUAAUGUGUAGCAGAGUGAGUUACAGUCUUGCCAGAAGUAUUAGACUGUAUCUAAUCACUUGAUUAAUUGGAAAUACUAUGUAUUUCAGCUUGUAAAUAGUUUUUAUUCAUGCGCUAUGAGAUGUGUAAUUACCAAAUAAACUACCCACACAAUUAUGAUACCGUUUUCAAAAUGGAACUUACUUCUUGAUCCACAUGAUACACAAUCUAGUUUUAUCUGGCAGGUCCCUUUAUCCUUGCCUAGAGACUCCUUCCAUUGUAGGCACAAUUCCUAAAUAGGAAUUUUGAAAUUAGUAAUUUUUCCUCAUUCUUAAAUCUUCCCAAAUCAGACGCACCUCUGCUUCUGCCUUCCCAGGAUUAACUUGCAGGCUUAUCUUGUCUCAAAAGGCAGUGUCUUUAAAAUGUAAAACACUUUUUCUAACAGCUUUAUUAAAUCCACAGUUUGAGACCUCUCAGUCCUGAUGCUCUAAUUAGCCCUGUGCAUGGAAUAGACAGUAAUGGGAAGAAAACUACCAGUAACAUAUAUUUUGUUUCAAAAUGUAAGUCCUUAUAAAAUUGGUGCAAUGUAAGAGAAUGUAUUUAAUUCCACUGGGUUUUAUUUAGCCGGAUAGAUUAAUCAUUUAACAGGGAAAUGAAUUGCCCUGGCCACUUCACUUUGCAUAAAUGUUUAAUCUACAUCAUCUUACCUGCUUUUCACCUUGCUUCUUCCCUCCUGCUUUUUGUAACUUGCUUGAUAAAGAUUUCAGGAAAAUUUGAGAGCUGCUUAUUAUUUUGUGCCAUUUUGAUUAGUUUUAUUAAAGUUAUUUUUCUGCUGUGAA